GUCAGCGUCCUGUGAUAAUACCCCUGACGCGUUUGAGCAAGAUGAUCUUCUAUUCCAGGUGAAGCCUUUGCUUCAGAAAAAAAAAGGGCGUUCUUACAUACCUUUUGUAUGUUUAGACGUCUUUCCAACACGCCGGCCUUUUUAACCCUUUUGAUCUGGAUUAUCCACCUACCUCUAUUGUCCUUAUCCACUCCCGCGUGCAUUGACCAUCUUCUGGUGGUGGUGGUGGUGGUGGUGGUGGUCAUACUUUUGUUUCCCACUCAAAACACACAUACGCACACGCACAACCCUGCACAUUUUCCCUUUUGCACAUGUUUCCCUCCGACUCACGAUACCCUGAUCAUGUCCGUCCAGUACAUUCCAGCCUUUUACUUUGUUUUGCAAUUACCAUCACAGACAGCCUGCAUGCAGCCUGAGGGGUCUUCACCGCCUUGCGUUCACCACGUUCUGCCCAUGCAGUGGUUUCCAUUGUGUUACGAUUUGGAGAUAGAGAUCUAGGGCUACAACUCGAAUCGAAGUGACAGACUCCGACUUCCC